GUGUUCACACAGGGCAACUGCGCCUUCAACGGCUUUGUGGUGGUUGUGUCCUACGUGGCGUCCCUGCUCACCAUCAUGCUCAUCUCCGUCAACAGGUGAGUGGCGAACGGCGGCGAACAUCAGUGCCCGCUGUGUUAUGUAUGCAAGUCUUGGGCCGCUGAGCCAACUCUUUAUUAUUUUCCCCAUUUUUAGGUAGGAUACAUGUUAUAUGUAUACAUAAAUAUACAUUUAUAUAUAUUUACUAGUAUGGUUUAAACUAACUUGAAAUUUUAAAAAUAAUUUAACAAUCAUAGGGUACCCAUAUGUUACCCAUACAAAAAUAUCAUAUCAGUUUAUAAAUGUAAAAAAUAAAGUCUAUUUUUAAUUUUUUCUUGAUAAAUUAUUUAGGUAAGUUUAACUUUUUUUUUUAUAGUUAAGUUAACAUUAUUGAAGUGAUUUCAUCCUGGGGCAACCAAAUGUCAUUGUUUGCAUUUAACGCUAAUGUUCAUCUGACAUGAAAUUAAGACAUCAGAUCAUAUGACAAACGUGCAACGGUUGAAUGAAUUAUUAUCUAUUUUCUUUUUUUUUUGCACACGUGCAUAGUCAAUUAUUCUGAUCUUAAAUCCAAAACCAGAGAUUUAAAACAUGUCAUGGUUCUAGUCAUGUUCGAAUCUUUUAAAGUGUAAACAUUUAGACUGACUUCAUUUCUUUGUAUAUGCAUCAUCAUAAUUUUUCUAUUAAAUUUGAAAUGUAAAACUUUUCAAUGAUUACUAUUUUGUUUUUCCCUCUUGUAAAUUUUAUUGCUAUACCGCUCCCUUGAGGCCGUCUUAGGUAUCUCAACAUCUGUCACCGACACCUGUUCGCUAAGAUAUUCUCCAGGAAAUAUCUCCACUCCGUCAUCUACUGCUUUCUCAUCUGGCUGGUGGCGGGCCUGUACGUCAUGCCGCCCCUGCUCGGCUGGGGCCGGUUCCACUUCGACACCAAGACCCACUACUGCGGUUACGACAGGACGUUCAACUUCAGCUACACCUUGUUCCUUGUGAUCGGAUCCAUCGGCGUGUCUAUCGUCAUCAUCCUCGCCAGCAACGUCGCCAUCUGGCGGUUCAUUCGCAAGUCUUCGCAGAAGAUC